CGAUGAAGGGGCACCAGCCUUCCUUCUUUCCCCACCGUGCUGGUGGGCGCAACAGGCGUCGAUGAUGGUCGUGGGACGCAGCCCCGGACGGGACUUCCUUCCUUUCAAAAUAAAUGAAUAAAUAAAAAGGGAAGCCACGCCCCCAAAUACUGAUGCAAAAUCCUCUGAGUCAAGACUGUGAGAUGUUUCACUUGAAUCAGACGUAGAAGCGCCAACAGUGGGCAAUAACAGUGGAAUUCAUGAGCCCCCCUAAAGAUGGAGACAUUCAGAGACAAGACUGUAGAUGAGCUGAAGGAACUACAGGAGAAUUCGGAAGAGAUCGAGCAUUUGGCACUGGAGUCUAAUGAGGUUCAGAAUUUACAAUUGGAAAGAGAGAUGGCUCUGGCCACAAAUCGUAGCUUGGCAGAGCAGAACCUGAAGUUCCAGGAGCCCCUAGAAACAGGACGCGCAAACCUCUCUGAUAAAUAUCAGGAUCUGCAGCAGUUGGUGGAGCGAUGUCAGGAGCAGAAGGCAAAACUAGAGAAAUUAUCUGCUGUGAUGCAACCUGGCACCCUGUUAAAUCUUCUACAGAUAGAAGGGCAGAAAAUUGAAGAAGAAUCUGAGGUAAUGGCUGAAAAAUUCCUGGAGGGUGAGGUGCCUCUGGAGAUAUUCCUUGAGCAGUUUUCCUCCAUAAGGAAGUUGUCUCAUGUGCGGCGAGUGAAAGUGGAAAAGCUUCAGGAGGUGCUGAAGAAAUCUCAGUCUUCUCAAGAGACAAACAAGGGCUCUGAGUUCAACCAUCAGCUUCCUUCCCACACAUCUUCUGGGCCUGCAAAUCAGCAGCCACAGAAUGGCCCAGCUGGAGGACCACCCUUUCCUUUACCUUACAGUCUAACUCCUUGCAUGCCUACUGGCCCUUUAGUUCACGGAAAUCUCCAACCAGCUCCUUUUGCAGGGACACCUGUUAUAGCAGGCCAUGUUACUUCCUCUCAGCCAAGUAUCCAAGCCCCAUUUCCUUAUAAACCACCUGCAGGUUCUGGAUACCCACCGGUCUCUUCUGGUAGUUCAGUACCCCAGUCUCAGACAGGAGAUUCAUCUUCAUCUCUGGUAUACCCUUGGUCUCCGUCGAGAGCGCCUCCUCCUCCUGCUGGCCCUGGCUAUCCACAACCUCCUUUUAGGGCUCCAUCAACAGGGCCAGGAUUUCCUCAGCCUCAUUUCGUAUCUGGGGGAAAUUCACAGUGCCCAUAUCCUACCCAGCCUCCGGUGCCUAGUUUCCCAGUCCCCCCACAGCCUCCAUAUCCCGUAAACCCAAGCCCUUCCUUUGGAUAUCCACCACCACCUCUACCACCUCGAGGUCCUUCCUGGUCAGGAUACUAGUCAGGGAUCCUAGGCAGUAUUCUUUGUUCUGAAGAGUUACCUUAGAAAUUGACUCUUGCUAGCUAUUGAGGCCUGAGAUGAAACUUGGAAGUGUUGUCCUGAAAGACGUCUUUGUAUAAGCAUUAUUAUUGGUAUCAUACUUGAUUUGAUGCUGUAAGAGCUGAGAAGGAAGGAUGCUGUAGGAAAGUUCUGCUUACAAGUAGCAGUAUGCAUUGAUUGUAGGCAGCCAUUUGUGGCCCGUUGCACUGACCAAUGAAUUGGUCCAACCCAUAGUAAAAUAGAGGUUUUGACUCUCAGCUGAUGUGAACUAGCAUUAUUCCAAUUAAGUCCAUUGAGACAUACUUGAUGACAGGAAUAUGGAUCUGGCCCUGUAUGUGUGUUUAUGUAGUUUUCUACUUUAGUGUGCUAAAUAUAUAUAAACAGAAUUCUGCACGCUUAUAUUUACACAGAACUUAUAGGAGUGACAGCGAAACUUUGUCAAGUAUUUCUAAUGUAAAAUAUGCUCGCCAGGGAAGGAAGGAAUAUGAUUUCUUAUGGCAUUUAAAACAUUAUUGGAAAGUAAAUGGAAGGAACAUCGUAGUCCCUGACGUGCCUCAGAAGUAGUAUACUGGCUAGCAGAACAGAGACACCAACCUUGCCUCACUUGCUCUAAAUUCCAGUAUUGUGUCCAUUUAGUUUCCCACACUGGACAUACUUGCAGAGCACAGCACGUUCCUCUCAACCGUAUAUUUCCACCCUUCUAGUUUUCCUUGGGCUCACUUUGUCUAUAACCUUUCCUCUCCAAACAGAUGUACAGAGAAUACAAAAUGACUGUGCUAGGUUAUGGCGUAUGUUAAGUAGGGGCAAAUGAUGUUCAUGGAAGGUGGGAUAGGAAAGCUAAUUUAUAGAAAGCUAAAUUAGACAUACCCUGACCUGGAUAGUCCAGGUGAGCCUGAUCUCAUCAGAUCUCAGAAGCUAAGCAGGAUCGGCCUUGGUUAGUAAUUGGAUGGGAGACCUCCAACGAAGACCAGGGUUGCAGAGGCAGGCAAUGGCAAACCACCUCUGUUGGUCGCCUGCCAUGAAAACCCCACCAGGGGUCACUAAGUUAGCUAUGAUUUGAGGGCAUUUUCUACUGUCUAGAUUAUGACCCAUUUGUGCACCUGGGAGCAACAGACAAGCCUAGCAUCCGUAUUUUUGUUGGUGUGCUUCACUGGAACUAUAGACAUAAAUGGAUGAACAUGUCCUAUUUUUUGUAAUCUAAUGAACUCUGAGGUUAACAAGAAGGGGUUCAGUAAUGGUUCUCCUUCCUGCCUCCUUUGAUCACUGUCCCAUUUCUCAUAGUUGAUGGGAAGAAACACUGGCUACCAAUCGAGCACAGAGGGGUCCUAAUGGAAAUAAGUUGGCUUUGCUAAGCACUUUAUUCUUUUGCUUGCCUGUAACGUAUUUAUAAAAAAGAGACUACUAAUAGACUAGACUGAAUGCUUUUGGAAUUUGAUGAAAGUAAUUCUAUACUUGUGAUGAAUUAUGGUAAUAAAACUUGAUGAAUUGCACAGAGUUAUCAUGAUGUUGGAAAAUGAAGUGGUGACUGGUUAGGAUUUGUUAUUGAUCCUUUUUGUUGCUUAGCAAACAUCCCCCUUUGACCUUGUCAUUCAUGUCAAUAAAACCCUUUCAUCUUCUGCAGCCAUGGCCUAUUUUAUCUAAUUUGAUCUUUCCUCUUUUCUGUACUCAUUCAUGCAGCUUUUCUCCCCAUGCACAAAUAAACUUUCCCCUCAUCAGCAUCAUUCAAACCAGAUUUCCUCUAUUCUGUUCUCUAUAAUUUCCAUCAUCCAUUUUUCUUUAUUGUGUAAUUUGUUUUCUUAUUCUUUAUUUACAACUUUGAUGUAUGCCUUCUGUUUCAGUAUAAGUAAAAGUCAUUGCCCGUU